AUGUCACUUUUUAACCAAGCACCGCCACCUCCAACAACGCCAUUAGGCAGGCUGCGAAUCCUGUCGACAACGGCAGGCAUCCGCGUCUCUCCUCUGCAGCUGGGCGCCAUGUCGAUUGGCGAGGCCUGGAAGGACUUCCUGGGCGUCAUGGAUAAAAAGGCCUCAUUUGCCCUUCUGGACGCCUUUGUCGAAGCGGGCGGAAAUAUGAUUGACACUGCUAACGUCUACCAAGACGGACAGUCUGAGAUGUGGAUCGGCGAGUGGAUGGCGGCGCGUCAGAACCGCCACCGGAUUGUGCUGGCAACUAAAUUCAGCAACGACUUUCAGUACGUGACGGCCGGCAAGGGAAACGCGGCCAACAGCGGAGGUAACAGCCGGCGCAGCAUCCGUACCAGCCUAGCAGCAUCGCUGGAGAAACUGCAGACGGACUUUGUCGACGUGCUUUACCUGCACUUCUGGGACUACACGACGUCGAUUCCCGAGGUCAUGGACACGCUGCACGCACUCGUACAGGAGGGCAAGGUGCUUUACCUCGGUGUAUCGGACACGCCGGCCUGGAUUGUUGCAGCUGCCAACACGUAUGCCCAAGACCACGGCCGCACCCCCUUUAGCAUUUACCAGGGUCGCUGGAACGUGCUUGUGCGCGAUAUGGAACGCGAGAUCCUGCCCCUGUGUCGCCACUUUGGCAUGGCCAUCGCGCCUUGGGAUGCUCUUGGCAGCGGAAAGUUCCAGUCUAGAGCUGCCAUCGCCGCCCGUCACGCCCAGGGCGAGACUCUUCGUAUAAGCAUGGUGCCUGGAGGUAGUGCUGGGGCACAGAGCGUCGAAGAGGAGAGUAUUAGCGCUGCACUCGAGCAGGUUGCUUCUGAACAUGGCAUCGCAUCCGUCACUGCUGUGGCACUCGCCUACGUUAUGACUAAGGCCCCACGCGUCUUCCCUAUUAUUGGCGGCCGUAAGAUCGAACACCUGCAUGACAAUAUACAGUCGCUCUCGAUCAGCCUCACCGACAAGCAGCUUGCCUUUCUGGAGAGCGUCAAACCGUUUGAUUUUGGCUUUCCCCACAACUUUAUCGGCCAAGACCCUAACGGCACCAACGAACAACCCCGUCCUCUCGCCCGGGCUGCACAUGUUGACUUUAGACAGCCUCUUCUGCGGCGUUAA